AUGGCAACACCAUCAAACCCGCGUUCCUCUUUGCACUCGCACACUAGCCGCCCCGAUGUUCCCAAGCGAGAACACAGGACCCCAGAUGGUCUCCGGAAUCUCCUCGUGGUGAUCAUCGGCGAAUUCUGCGGGACCUUUAUGUUUCUUAUGCUGGCUUUUAUCGGCGCUCAGGCAGCUCUCGAGACUAACAAUGCCACUCAGCCUAGCGCUCCUCUUGAGCCUGCCACUCUGCUCUACAUUGCAGCUUCCUUUGGGAGCUCCCUCGCUGUUAAUGUUUGGGUUUUCUAUCGUGUCACCGGAGGCAUGUUCAAUCCAGCUGUGACACUUGGGCUUCUCCUCGUUCGCGCGGUGUCGCCGACGAGUGCAGCAUGCAUCAUACCUACACAAAUCGUCGCCGGAAUCGCGGCAGCCGCAGUCGUGGACGGUCUCCUCCCCGGACCCCUCCAAGUAACUAACAGCCUGGGACACGAUAUGAGCGUGGCCCAGGGAUUGUUCUUGGAAAUGUUCCUCACUGCGCAGUUGGUGUUGACGGUAUACUUCCUGGCCGUCGAGAAGCAUCGAGCUACCUUCCUCGCCCCAGUCGGCAUCGGUAUCUCGGUCUUCAUCGCACAUCUUGCUGGGACGAGAUUCACCGGCACGUCGGUCAACCCUGCUCGAUCAUUCGGACCUGCGGUCAUCACAGGGUUUCCGGGAUACCACUGGAUCUAUUGGCUUGGACCGGCGAUGGGUGCCAUACUCUCGUUCGGUAUCUAUACGCUCAUGAAGAGACUUGAAUACGACACUGCGAAUCCAGGGCAGGACGCUGCAGAUGAGGAGAUUGCGGCUAUGGAGUCAGAGGCCAAGGCACGACCUGAUGGGCAAAGCCCGAGUGCCGCCAACCAUCUUCAUCCUAUGAUGUCGCCUUCUGUAUGA